GGCCAUUGAGCGAUGCUAUUCGGCUCGAAUGCCACGUCGGCCGGCUCCACCCGAAACGGAGAGAAAAGGUUGAGAGAGAGAGAGAGAGACGGUGGUGGUGGUGGUGUCUGCGAGAUGCAGCAGUAGCAGCCCGCUCUCUCUUCUCUCUCUAUCGCUCCCUCCUCAGCCCUCAACCGUGAAAGUUAAAAGACGGGGGUAUCCCUGCGUUUCCCUCCCAUGGUCUCUCUUCUGUUCAGUUGGCAAGCAAAGGAAUGUUAGUGGACGAAGCGUGACACAUAGGAAUUGAACCAGGCGGUAAGAAGAAAAGGAGAAGAGAGAAGGGGGAGAGAGAUAGAGGGAGAGCCAUGUCGGUGAGGAUCAAGGCUGUGGUGGACAAGUUCGUGAAAGAGCUAAAGGAAGCGCUGGAUGCGGACAUCCAGGAUCGGAUAAUGAAGGAGAGGGAGAUGCAGAGCUAUAUCGAGGAGCGGGAGAGGGAAGUCGCCGAGCGGGAGGCUGCAUGGAAGGCUGAGCUCUCCCGUCGAGAGGCAGAGAUUUCUAGACAAGAAGCAAGAUUGAAACUGGAACGAGAAAACUUGGAAAAAGAGAAGAGUGUCUUAAUGGGGACGGCAUCAAAUCAAGAUAAUCAGGAUGGUGCUCUUGAAAUCACAGUCAGUGGAGAGAAAUAUCGGUGCCUGAGAUUUGCGAAAGCAAAAAAAUAAAAAAAAAAUAUCAAAACAAUUAAGAGAACAAAACAGAUUUAAAUGCUGUUUCCUCGGGGGUUAGCUUAAACCAUGAUGAUUCAUGUUAUGGAGGAAUUUGAAAAUGAUUCUCACUUGUGCAGUUUCUCUUGAUUGACUUGUCAUGGCAUUCUUAUAUGCUGAUUGUGUACAAAAAAAAUCAUUCAACAAUGCUGUUUCUUCCCUUUA